AUGUGGUUAACUGUUUUGAUAUACGAUCGUGGCGUAAAACGAUACAUACUUGGAUUUAUGAUUUUGAUAUGAGUUCAUAUCACUGCUCCACUUGGUCUUGGUUCACACAUGUUUUCAUAAUUGAUGGUGAUUAUUUGGUUAUUAACGUCAUGUUUCUGUUUGUUCCAGGAUAUUAAAGCAACCAGGAAAGGCAGUUUUCUAUUUGUUUACUAUCAUGAUUUUGUUGUCGCCAAUGGAUUCUCUUGGACACGGUUACUGUAAUAAACCCUGUUUUGGACCUGUAACGAAAAUAAAAAUUUACAACGAUCGAUCUCAUGGGAACCUGUACGUCGACGGAAAUAAUGUUAAAAGCAACGGUCCUGGCAGUAUGGCGAUCUACAAAGUAUCUUCAGGAAGGGAUUUCUAUCUAUAUGAUGCAUAUGCAAAAAAAUUCAUCUGUUGGAACAAGACUGGGAAGGAAAUGAGGCACCACAAAAAGACAUUAGUUGCAAGGAAAUACCGACCUAGACUGAUGCGCUUCUGCAGGUUUAUCGACGAGCCGACCCAGAACGGGUACGUAAAUUUGGUGCCAUCUUUCAACAAGAGUCUGAAAAUGAUGUUCAAGGCGAACGGUACCCCCACAAAUAAACUUAGUAAAUAUCCCACUCGGGAACGGUUCUUAAUGCAAGUGGUGGGAAGUUCGGAACCUUCCGACCCUUGUGGAUGCCCUGAGGCUAAACACUACUUUUGUGAAAAGCCCCUUAGGAAGAUGAAAGAAUUGAACGACAUUUGCAAUAAGCAUUACAGAAUCUAGGAAAAUUUUUGUUCUUGUAGGACUACGGUUGAAACAGAAUGCUGCUUCUUUUGACGUCUAUGAUAUGGUCCGAGAAAAUUUUGGAAGUCGAAAAAAGAUUUUGUAUCAUCUUAUAUUUGGUGCGAUCCGAAACUGUCAAAACUUGUCAUGAAAAGUGUAGAAGUCGUGACGAAAAUUAUUUUUUUACGAGUGGAAAAUAUUUGGCUAUCAGUGACCCACUUUCAAAAUGAUGAAUGUAUCAUGAUUGUUCAGUUAACUAGUCACAGACAAAAUUAUACUCGCAGUGGUAAUCUUUGACGGCAUUCCAUCAACCAUUCUCUCAGUAAUAAACAGUUUGAUUAUUUUGAUUCACUCACUGUUUUAUAGGUUCAGAAUUGAAAUAUUUCCCACUCAGCUUAGUUGAUGUAACACCAGCUAAUUUCUAAUAGUUUUUGUCCAACUCACAAAAAUCCCAUGAUCAAGCGAAUGUGUAUGAUUUAAUCCAUUCAAAAUCAAAUAAAAUAGGUUGAUGAUGGUUUUUAUACGCGGUUCUAGUCAUAAUUUUAACUGCUAUAAAACUUUAGUUAUGCUUUCGUCAUCAUGGUUCAUUACAUUAGGGCUGUUUUGUUAGAAUACAUUGCAAAGUCAGUCGAAAGUUACGUAAAAUAGCAAUACAAUUCAAGUAAAAUCAUUUUAUAUUCUUGUUCACAAUAUUUGACAUUUUUGUUUGGAUCUUUGAUAUGAGGAACGAGCUUGAAGCUUUGAUGUUCAGAACGUUCACGAACUUGAUUCAUAUCAAGAAAGAAACUCUUGGAGAUACGAAAUUGCUACAGAUACUCAUGAAUUGGAUGAAAUAUAUUAUUCAACAUGAUAUACUAGUUAAAUCGACCGAAAAUCAGAAACUUAUGUAGCUGGAUGAAUCGACAAAUAUCUCUCAAACAUAUUUUUUUGCACUGCACUAUUCAGCAUCAUACUCAUCUUCUUCAUCGCAAUUCAAUAGAAGAAUAAGCUCAUCAGGUUUCGUUAUAAUGCUAAGAAAAUUGUGUUCUUCUAUCAUCAAAUUCGAUAAUAGAAUGGAACAUCAAAAUUUUUUGAUGGGAAAUUCACAGAAAUGGUUCGGUAUUUUUUGAUAAAAUAUCAGGAAACAUUUGUAUCCUAUACAUCUUUUCCAUUUCCUAAGUAAAACUGAUCGGUAUUGAUUUCAAAAUGAGUUUUCAAAUAAUCUUGGAGAAAAUUAAAUAUUCGCAUGGGAAAAAAAUGCGAUCAAACUAUUGCAUUUCUUCAUCUUGUACUUAUUUGCGAACUCUUCAAAAAUAAAAGAUGCUCAUUUGUCACUCAUAAUUCAACAGAAAUUACCAAAAAUCUGUUUCGUUUUUCGAAUAAUUUGAAUUUUGUGAACUUCAUAAGUAACACAAAUCAUCUGUUCCACUUUAUCUACUCCAUAGAUAUAUAUCAGGAGAGCGACCCUAAAGAGAUCUUUUUACUACUUCGUUUUCCGGUUCCUACGGUUCCGGACAAUGGUUUCCUUUUUGGUCACUGUUUCCUGACCAAACUUCUUGCUUUCAACCAAAAUAUCAUCCCUGUUUACUUUUUUCUGAUAAUUUUCAUGAAUCGGGUUUUUAUAAAUUCAUUCUCAUAAUAGAUUUUUUUGUAUGAACAACAAAGAAAAAUGAAAACGAAAAAUCCUGCUCAUCUACAUCUACAUAUGAAAAUGUACAAAUGUUAUAACAGGAAGUACCCAAAAUCAAAGCAUUCCAUGGACUAUCCUCAAUGUAUUCGUUACAAUUUCACCAGUUUAAUAUUAUCAACAACCUCAUAUAUAAUUCAUGAACUAGAUCCAGUUAUAAAUUCCAAAAAUAUAAUUUGAAGAUGAAGAUGCAUGUGUCCAUUAAAAUAUUUCUAGUCUAACAUCUUCAUGUGUUUCUUCAUAAUUGAUUAGGAGGAUGCACGUUCUAUGCCAUGCUUCAAUAAGUCAUUUAGAAUUUUUACUUUCAUUAUUCAAUCUUUAAUCAUGAUAUAAUCGAUCUUUAAUGUUAAUUGAGAACAAGGUUUUGAAAAUGAAGAGAAGGCCACAACUGAUCCUUUUAACGCAAGUAUAAUUAUUACGAGGAGGGUAAUUUAGUGGCCUUUGAGAAUACAGUGGCCGACAAAAAGAAGGCAAAUUGUCACUCUUUUAGGAAACGAGGGGACAAGUUUCUCUAAAUGUACACGGUGAAACUAUGGGAAAUUAUAAUCUAGGUGAUCGAACUUCCAAACUUUUCCGAUAUUGCUUCUACUUGAAUGUUGUUCAUUUGCACAAAUUUUGUAUUGUCCCAACUGUGACAUUUCUAAUGACCCAUGCCUUCAUUGGGAAAACUGUCAAAAAUAGUAAAUUUAUCAAUAUCUAAUCUUGAAGCUGAGGUGUUCUAUAAUCAAAAACCCAUUCUGUUUCAACUGUACUAUCAAAAUUGAUAAUUUGUGCAUAACUUCAGUGUAUGAUAAAAGUGGUAUGUAUGUAUUUGUACAAA